CGGUGCUGUCGGCAGAAAGUUGGAAGAUGCCUGAGCCAGCGAAAUCCGCUCCCGCAGCCAAGAAGGGCUCCAAGAAGGCCAUCACCAAGACCCAGAAGAAGGGCGACAAGAAGCGCAAGAAGAGCCGCAAGGAGAGCUACUCCAUCUACGUCUACAAGGUGCUCAAGCAGGUCCACCCGGACACGGGCAUCUCCUCCAAGGCCAUGAGCAUCAUGAACUCCUUCGUCAACGACAUCUUCGAGCGCAUCGCGGCCGAGGCUUCCCGCCUGGCGCACUACAACAAGCGCUCCACCAUCACCUCCCGGGAGAUCCAGACCGCCGUCCGACUCCUGCUGCCCGGAGAGCUCGCCAAGCACGCCGUCUCCGAGGGCACCAAGGCCGUCACCAAGUACACCAGCUCCAAGUGAGCUUCCCCGGAGAACUGAUUAUUGGGCUUCCCAAAAAGAAAACCAAAGGCUCUUUUAAGAGCCACCUACUUUCGCAGUAAAAUGAGCUGAUAUUGCUAAGCAUCGCCUCUUUUGGUUAACCAGAGAUACUAAAUAGCUUGGGACGUGACUUGAAGGUAGAUCUGUAGUGGUAAAUUCUGUUUCAUGCUACUUGAAAAAGUUGAGGAAUUGCGCUAUAGAGUUUCUGGAGCGUUUUCUGUGCUGCUCGGUUUCAGAUCCCACUCUGCAAUGUGGGAAAUGCUGCCAGGCAGAAAUUUACUGUCUUAACUGAUUUGUAGAAUGUUGCAUCUUAUUCAACAUACAGAUCCCAGAAAAUCUUGUAACUACCCCAUAAUUCAGGAAGUCACCCUAAUUUUGCAAAUAGGUUUAUUCUAGGUCUGGUUUUUUUUCUUCAGUACUUAACAAUGUCCCUGCCAUCUCUGACUUUGAGCCCUACCUACUGAAGACUUUCCGUUUCCAACAAGCCUUUUAAGUAUAGCUCUUCCCCAGUCUACACCUGUACUGUUUUGGAAUUCUUUUUAGGUGUAUGUUUUUAUUUUAUCGUCUGUUUGCUGCCCUGGGUUUCUUUUGGGGGCAAGAUAAUUAUAAUUAUUAUUUAUUUCACAACAUUUAUGCACCACUUGAUUGUAGUAAAACAUCCAAUCAGUUCACAAAAAGUUUAAAAGUAUCUAAACAUCCAACAAAUAAUUAAAAUCAAUAGUAAGCUAAAAACAAACCAAAUUAAAACAAAUUUUGACAUCU